AUGUCUAUCCCUUCGGGAGUCCAAGACUCGAGCGUAGCUCUUGGAAGUCACACAGCACCUCCCGAACCAAUGCCUCAUGAUGCAACCUCUUCAUCCGCCGAGACUGCGGAACAGCCAAAGAAGAAGCGGUCCUUCCUCCGCAUACCGUCUCGGUCCUCGUCAAAGAAGAAUAAAGAACAUUCUCAGUCGGAAGACACCAACCGGGAAGGCACUGGAGCCUCGCUAUCCACCUCACAAACAAAUCUGACGGGGAGCCACAGUAAGGCCAGUAGCACAAGGUCACGGCAUGCACAGCCUCUAGAACAAGGCGGCACCCAUCUCGGUGCCAAAAAUGGAGGCUCACGGGCCGACCAUGAUUCAAAGGCUGACAAGAAGCAAAGAGGAUCGCUAUGGUCGUUCCUGAGCUGCUGCCGUGCACCCAAGGAUGACGCCGAUAUCUGA